GGGAGCGGCGGCCACGGUAGGAAACCCGCGCACGGAGGCGGCGGCGGGUGGUCCCCAGCGCAGGUGGUCUGUUCAGUAGUCGCUGGGGGCCCUGGAACCAGGACGCAACCCCAAGCCGCCGUCGGAGCCCUGCGUGCUGGUCCGGGGGAUCCCGCUUCUCUGCCUGCUGACCGGGCCUGGGGCGGGAUGUAGGGCGCUGGGCGCGAAGGCCGCCAGCGCGGCUCGGCGCGGCGAUUGCGGAGGACGCGCCGAGGAUGGAGAGAGCGAUGGAACAGCUUAACCGCCUGACGCGCUCGCUGCGCCGCGCGCGCACCGUGGAGUUGCCGGAGGUUUUGAACUUGGGAUCCUCCUGCCUCUACCUCCUGAUUUGCUAGGGUUACAGAUAAUGAAACUGCAGUUUACACAUUAAUGCCAAUGGUUAUGGCUGAUCAGCACAGGUCUGUUUCUGAACUACUGUCAAAUUCAAAAUUUGAUGUCAAUUAUGCAUUUGGACGUGUGAAAAGAAGCUUGCUUCACAUUGCAGCAAAUUGUGGAUCAGUGGAAUGCUUGGUUCUGCUGUUAAAGAAAGGAGCAAAUCCUAACUAUCAAGAUAUUUCAGGCUGUACACCCCUUCAUUUGGCAGCUAGAAAUGGGCAGAAGAAAUGUAUGAGUAAAUUAUUAGAAUACAGUGCUGAUGUCAACAUUUGUAAUAAUGAAGGCCUUACAGCAAUUCACUGGCUGGCUGUGAAUGGGCGGACAGAACUGCUCCAUGACCUUGUACAACACGUCAGUGAUGUUGAUGUUGAGGAUGCGAUGGGGCAGACAGCACUGCAUGUGGCCUGCCAGAAUGGUCACAAAACGACAGUGCAAUGCUUGCUAGACAGUGGUGCUGAUAUUAACAGGCCAAAUGUGUCAGGAGCCACUCCAUUGUACUUUGCUUGCAGUCAUGGUCAGAGAGAUACAGCACAGAUUCUUCUAUUACGAGGAGCCAAAUAUUUGCCAGAUAAAAAUGGAGUAACCCCUCUGGAUUUAUGUGUACAGGGUGGAUAUGGAGAGACUUGUGAAGUAUUAAUUCAGUAUCACCCUAGGCUUUUCCAGACUAUUAUUCAAAUGACACAGAAUGAAGACCUCCGAGAAAACAUGUUGCGGCAAGUUCUGGAGCAUUUGUCUCAGCAAAGUGAAAGCCAAUAUCUGAAGAUUCUAACAAGUCUUGCUGAAGUUGCUACAACAAAUGGUCAUAAGCUGCUUAGCCUAUCUAGCAAUUAUGAUGCUCAAAUGAAGAGCCUUUUAAGGAUUGUGAGAAUAUUUUGUCAUGUCUUCCGAAUUGGUCCUUCCUCCCCUAGUAAUGGAAUCGACAUGGGGUAUAAUGGGAACAAAACUCCAAGAAGCCAGGUGUUCAAGCCUCUGGAAUUGCUUUGGCACUCAUUAGAUGAAUGGCUAGUUUUAAUAGCUACAGAAUUGAUGAAAAACAAAAAGGACUCAACAGAUAUCACUUCUAUUUUACUGAAACAAAAAGGCCAAGAACAAGAUGCCACUUCCAUUCCACCAUUUGAACCUGGGAGCUAUGAAAAUCUAUCCACUGGCACAGGGGAAUCUAAACCAGAUGCUCUUGCAGGGAAACAGGAAGCCAAUGCAGAUUGUCAGGAUGUUAUUUCUAUGACAGCCAACCGGCUAAGUGCUGUCAUUCAAGCUUUUUACAUGUGCUGUUCUUGUCAGAUGCCUCCAGGAAUGACUUCCCCCCGUUUUAUUGAAUUUGUCUGCAAACAUGAUGAGGUUUUAAAAUGCUUUGUUAACAGAAAUCCUAAAAUUAUAUUUGACCACUUUCACUUUCUCCUUGAAUGUCCUGAGUUGAUGUCAAGAUUCAUGCAUAUCAUAAAAGCACAGCCAUUCAAAGAUCGCUGUGAAUGGUUCUAUGAACAUUUGCAUUCAGGACAACCAGAUUCAGACAUGGUGCACAGGCCAGUAAAUGAAAAUGACAUUCUGCUGGUUCACAGAGAUUCUAUUUUUAGGAGUAGCUGUGAAGUUGUAUCAAAAGCAAAUUGUGCAAAGCUAAAACAAGGGAUUGCUGUACGGUUCCAUGGAGAAGAAGGCAUGGGUCAAGGUGUUGUGCGAGAGUGGUUUGAUAUUCUGUCUAACGAAAUUGUCAAUCCCGAUUAUGCAUUGUUUACCCAGUCAGCUGAUGGAACAACUUUUCAGCCUAAUAGCAACUCCUAUGUAAAUCCCGAUCACUUGAACUAUUUCCGGUUUGCUGGACAGAUCUUGGGAUUAGCUUUGAACCAUAGGCAGUUGGUCAAUAUUUACUUCACACGAUCAUUCUACAAACACAUUCUUGGUAUCCCUGUAAAUUACCAAGAUGUAGCAUCCAUUGAUCCAGAAUAUGCCAAAAAUUUGCAGUGGAUUUUAGAUAAUGAUAUUAGUGAUCUGGGUCUAGAACUAACUUUUUCUGUUGAGACUGAUGUGUUUGGAGCAAUGGAAGAGGUGCCUUUGAAACCUGGGGGUGGAGGUAUUCUUGUGACACAAAAUAACAAAGCAGAGUAUGUCCAGCUUGUUACUGAACUUCGAAUGACAAGAGCCAUCCAGCCUCAGAUCAAUGCUUUUUUACAGGGCUUUCAUAUGUUCAUUCCACCUUCUCUCAUACAACUUUUUGAUGAAUAUGAAUUGGAGCUACUGCUUUCUGGCAUGCCUGAAAUUGAUGUGAGCGAUUGGAUAAAAAAUACAGAAUACACAAGUGGCUAUGAAAGAGAAGAUCCAGUUGUUCAGUGGUUCUGGGAAGUUGUAGAAGACAUUACUCAAGAGGAGAGAGUUCUUCUUUUGCAGUUUGUUACUGGCAGUUCCAGGGUCCCACAUGGUGGGUUUGCUAAUAUCAUGGGUGGAAGUGGAUUGCAAAACUUUACAAUUGCUGCCGUGCCAUAUACCCCAAAUCUUUUACCGACUUCAAGCACAUGCAUCAACAUGCUCAAGUUACCUGAAUAUCCAAGUAAAGAAAUACUCAAGGACAGACUUCUUGUGGCACUACAUUGUGGCAGCUAUGGUUACACAAUGGCAUAAUGGAGCCGAGAAGACCCAUUUGACUACUGAUGCACAAUUCAAAGUGGCAGAAUCAAUUUAGAAAACUGUCAACAGAAAAGCAGCCUAAAUGCAACCCAUAGGCAGGGCUGAUGUUUAAAAUUUAUAAAGGAUCAGGUUUUCUGUUUUUUUUUUUUCCCUCCUCUUUUCCCAUUUAUGUUUUCUCUGUGAUACAAUUAGAGAAUAUAAAAUCACAGUAGACUUCAUUUUUAAAAAUGCUAAUUGAAAGUAGAAACUUUUUUUUCCUAUUUCUUUAAACUUAUCAAAGAUUUUAUUAAGGCAAAAUCUUAUUCUACAUUCCACCUCUGCUAUGUAACUGUCUUGUUAAAAGGGUAUUUUCUCUUUAUUUUCCUAUAUAUUAAAUUAUAUAAGGACAUCCAACUGGUAUGUUCUACUGCAUGUAAAGUGCCAUUUAUAUUUUGGAAAACUAUUGUAUAGAAUGGAUUAAUUUAGAUUGUGUAUAAAGUCACAAAUAUGUAUUUUCCCACAUUGUAUCUAUAUUGCAAUGAUUUUUUUUAGCUUUUUAGUAUUUUAAUAUAUAAAAUUUAGACUGAUGUGAUAACAGCUAAUGAAAUUAAAUCUAAUUUGUAUAUUAGAGCUUAGUCUAUUAUGACUUACUUGCAUCUUUCAGUGGUCAGUUUUCACAUGUACAUAUUGUGGUUUCAAAAUUUUUCUUAUGCCUUAUUUUAAUUUGUAAUGAAGGUAAAAUUAAAAUAUAGUAUUUUACCAUAUUUCUUCACAUUUGUCUGUGAACUCUGAUGACAUUUGAAGUAAUCUGUUGUAUAGAUUAUAAUUUAAGUAUGUAAUGUUUUAUUCCUAAAGUUUGCUUUUUGUAAUUGAAAUGUUUUGCUCAAGUGACAUGCCU